AUGUUGUCCAUUUGCAGACUUGGUGUCAUUUUGAUCGUAUAUCUGGGAUUCGUGUCAGUAAAUUUAUUCCCAACCAAUACAGAUCUUACUUUACGUUAUCGAUCUAAGCGCUGGGCAUAUUAUGAAGUACAUAAAUGUGGUCGAAUAAAAGGCUACAGUUGUCUAGAACAUCGUCAUUGUUAUGAACGUUAUCUACGCCGUGAUAUGGUUUGCUUUGAAGUUUAUCCAUGCUUGAGUUCAUGUAUAUUCAUUGCUCAGCUGGUUAUGUUGUCCAUUUGCAGACUUGGUGUCAUUUUGAUCGUAUAUCUGGGAUUCGUGUCAGUAAAUUUAUUCCCAACCAAUACAGAUCUUACUUUACGUUAUCGAUCUAAGCGCUGGGCAUAUUAUGAAGUACAUAAAUGUGGUCGAAUAAAAGGCUACAGUUGUCUAGAACAUCGUCAUUGUUAUGAACGUUAUCUACGCCGUGAUAUGGUUUGCUUUGAAGUUUAUCCAUGCUUGAGUUCAUGUAUAUUCAUUGCUCAGCUAUAUGAUUACGAGAAACUGACAAAACAAAUUGAACGAUUAAUGCUGAAUGGAGAAUCUGUCAACAAUCGUGAUGAUGCAGUGAAUUUCGUUCGUGAAAAGACGAAAAAAUUAGCAAGUGAAUUGAAUCUAUCGUUACCAUUGUGA